UUGGGUGGGGGAGAGAGAGUAUUGAAGGGGAAGUGUUAGUGCUCUAUUCAUAUUCCAGGAAGAGAAAUUAGCCACGUGGAGGAGGCUGCAGGAGGCAAAGGAGAAAAAGGUGUGUUAGGUCCAAACCCAACACGCAAGUCGCCCUGUCAACCCCAACUCGCUUAUUACACCCGGGAAGAGUGCGGAGUUGAGUGCAAAUGAACCCACUAUCAGAGACCAAGUAACACAAGACAAUUCCUUUGCAAAGGGGACCCAAUACUUACAAGCCGAAGCAGGGUCUUAAAGGUGCUUGAGGACUCAGAGACCCUCUAAGUGGCAGACAAAUUCCCUCAGCCAGAUUCAUUCACUAUCACAACCCACCCCAGCUACUGAGGACAAUCUGCACCUGACCUGCCCCAAAGCUCCUCCGGUUGUACUUCUGGCUGCUUGGACAGGUUUUAAAAACCCGUUUUGAGCAACAUACUACUGGCCUUCACAUCUCUGGGUUUGAACCUGGGACCUUCUGCAUGCAAAGCAGAUGUUCUACUGACUGAGCCAUGGACCUUCCCCGUGUGCAGGAGUUAGAGGAGCUUCAUUUUACGUCCUCUUGCCCACUUGGGGGGGAGAUAUAGGAAGGGGUUGCUGAGGAAAGCCUGGAUCAGUCAGAAGAUACUAGGCUUGCUUGCUCCAAACCUGAUCUGAUCUUCUCUCCUAGAUGGAGGAUCCAUUUCUCAAAGGUCUCAAGAAAGGAGAAGGAUCUGCAAGCAGCUGCUCAGCAGGUGAUGGAGAGGACACUCAUCAUUCUCUGGAGCCAUGUCGGGUCUCAUCAGAAAUAGCCGAGGGUGAAGUGAAGGAAGAAACCUUCGGAGAUCAAAGGUUAACAAGAAGUCAGGAGGAAAGCCAAGCGGAGAAUGGGAGGAAUAAAGCCACUCUUACCCAGGCCGAUAACUCCUGUCAAAUCCCAGUCCAGAAAAACCAUCACAAGAGGAAGGAGAAGCUUGAGUGUCCUUCAUGUGGCAAAAUAUUCGAGAGUAAAUCUCACCUUCACUCACACUGUAGAAUCCACACCGGGGAUUCUCCCCGCGUGAUUCUUUUCCGCAUUCCCUACGGAAAGAGUUUCAGUCAGAUUUCACAUUUUGCUUCACAUCAGAGAAUUCACACAGAAGAGAAACCACAUAAAUGUGUGGAGUGUGGGAAGAACUUCAGUCAGAGUUCACACCAUAGUUUACAUCAGCGAGUCCACACAGGAGAAAAAAUAUUUAAAUGCUUGGAAUGUGGAAAGAGCUUUAGUAAGAGGACAGCCCUCACUAAACAUUGUAGAAUUCACAUGGCAGGGAGACCAUAUAAUUGCAUGGAGUGUGGAAAAGAAUUCACUCGGAACUGUAAUCUUAUUUCACAUCAGAGAAUUCACACAGGAGAAAAACCAUAUAGAUGUGUGGAAUGUGGAAAGAGCUUUAUCUGUAGCUCUAGCCUUACUUCACAUCAAAAAAAUCACACAGGGGUGAAACCAUAUACCUGCUUUGAGUGUGGAAAGAGUUUCAAGCAUAGCUCACAACUUAUUUCACAUAGCAGAAUCCACACAGGAGAGAAACCAUAUCAAUGUUUGCAAUGUGGAAGGACAUUUGCCCAUAGCUUGUCCCUUACUUCACAUAAGAGAACUCACACAGGGGAGAAACCAUAUAAAUGUUUGGAAUGUGGAAGGAUGUUCGCCCACCGCGCGUCCCUUACUUCACAUAAGAGAACUCACACAGGGGAGAAACCAUAUAAAUGCUUGGAAUGUGGAAAGAGCUUCAGUCAGAGGUCACAUCUUUCUUCCCAUCAGAGGACUCACACUGGCAAGAAACCAUAUAAAUGCUGGGAGUGUGGAAAGAGCUUCAGUCAGAGUUCACACCUUACUGUGCAUCAGCGGAUCCACACAGGAGAGAAGCCAUAUAAAUGCACGACGUGUGAGAAGAGCUUCAGUAAUAAGACAUACCUUACUUGUCAUCACAGAAUCCACACAGGGGAGAAGCCGUAUAAGUGCUUUGAGUGUGGAAAGAGCUUCAGUCAGAGUACAAGCCUUACUAUGCAUCAAAAAAUUCACAGAGGGGAAAAGUAUGUAUGCUUUGAAUGUGGAAAGAGCUUCAGUUAUAGCUCAAGUCUUAUUUCUCAUCAGAAAAUCCACACAGGAGAGAAACUUCACAGUCGUUUUAUUUGCUCAGAGCAAAGACACCACUCCAGAAAAAGGAGAACUGGGGGCCUCGAACAAAGGAUAAAGAUGGAGGAUCCAUUUGUCAAAGAUCUCAAGAAAGGAGAAGGAUCUGCAAGCAGCUGCUCAGCAGGUGAUGGAGAGGACACUCAUCAUUCUCGGGAGCCAUGUUGGCUCUCAUCAGAAAUAGCCACGCCUGAAGUGAAGGAAGAAACCUUUGGAGAUCAAGAGUUAACAAGAAGUCAGGAGGAAAGCCAAGCGGAGAAUGGGAGGAAUAAAGCCACUCUUACCCAGGCCGAUAACUCCUGUCAAAUCCCAGUCCAGAAAAACCAUCACAAGAGGAAGGAGAAGCUUGAGUGUCCUUCAUGUGGCAAAAUAUUUGAGAGUAAAUCUCACCUUCACUCACACUGUAGAAUCCACACCGGGGAUUCUCCCCACGUGAUUCUUUUCCGCAUUCCCUGCGGAAAAAGUUUCAGUCAGAUUUCACAUUUUGCUUCACAUCAGAGAAUUCACACAGAAGAGAAACCACAUAAAUGCGUGGAGUGUGGGAAGAACUUCAGUCAGAGUUCACACCUUAGUUUACAUCAGCGAGUCCACACAGGAGAAAAAAUAUUUAAAUGCUUGGAAUGUGGAAAGAGCUUUAUCCAUAGCUCUAGCCUUACUUCACAUCAAAGACUUCACACAGGGGUGAAACCAUAUACCUGCUUUGAUUGUGGAAAGAGUUUCAAGCAUAGCUCAAAACUUAGUUCACAUAGCAGAAUCCACACAGGAGAGAAACCAUUUAUAUGCAUGGAGUGCGGAAAGAGAUUCCGUCUUCGCGCACAGCUUGCUGUACAUCAGAGAACCCACACAGGGGAGAAACCAUAUAAAUGUUUGGAGUGUGGGAAGAGUUUUAGUCAGAUUUCACAUUUUGCUUCCCAUCAGAGGACUCACACAGGGGAGAAACCAUAUAAAUGCAUGGAGUGUGGGAAGAGCUUCAGUCAGAGUUCGCACCUUAAUUUGCAUCAGCGAGUCCACACAGGAGAAAAAAUAUUUAAAUGCUUGGAAUGUGGAAAGAGCUUUAGUAAGAGGACAGCCCUCACUAAACAUUGUAGAAUUCACAUGGCAGGGAGACUGUAUAGUUGCACGGAGUGUGGAAAAGAAUUCACUCAGAACAGGCUUCUUAUUUCACAUCAGAGAAUCCACACAGGAGAGAAACCAUAUAGAUGUGUGGAAUGUGGAAAGAGCUUUAUCCAUAGCUCUAGCCUUACUUCACAUCAAAAAAAUCACACAGGGGUGAAACCAUAUACCUGCUUUGAGUGUGGAAAGAGUUUCAAGCAUAGCAUAGAACUUAGUUCACAUAGCAGAAUCCACACAGGAGAGAAACCAUAUCAAUGUUUGCAAUGUGGAAGGACAUUUGCCCAUAGCUUGUCCCUUACUUCACAUAAGAGAACUCACACAGGGGAGAAACCAUAUAAAUGUUUGGAAUGUGGAAGGAUGUUCGCCCACCGCGCGUCCCUUACUUCACAUAAGAGAACUCACACAGGGGAGAAACCAUAUAAAUGCUUGGAAUGUGGAAAGAGCUUCAGUCAGAGGUCACAUCUUUCUUCCCAUCAGAGGACUCACACUGGCAAGAAACCAUAUAAAUGCUGGGAGUGUGGAAAGAGCUUCAGUCAGAGUUCACACCUUACAGUGCAUCAGCGGAUCCACACAGGAGAGAAGCCAUAUAAAUGCACGACGUGUGGGAAGAGCUUCAGUAAUAAGACAUACCUUACUUGUCAUCACAGAAUCCACACAGGGGAGAAGCCGUAUAAGUGCUUUGAGUGUGGAAAGGGCUUCAGUCAGAGUACAAGCCUUACUAUGCAUCAAAAAAUUCACAGAGGGGAAAAGUAUGUAUGCUUUGAAUGUGGAAAGAGCUUCAGUUAUAGCUCAAGUCUUAUUUCUCAUCAGAAAAUCCACACAGGAGAGAAACUAUAAAUGCUUGGAGUGUGGGAAGAGCUUUCGAUGGAAAACAUACGUCAUAUCGCAUCAAAGAAUCCAUAUGGGGAGCCACUAUAAAAAUAUCACACUAGGUUAUAAGUAUUCAUAUAUCUUGCUGAACUUUAAAGAAUUCAGAAUGGAUAAAAGAGCAUUCCUCUUCCAGCCAGCAGCAAAACUCUGACCUCUUUCUUCUUUGGGUGGCUCACUGAAGAAACAUAUUUCAGCCCUCGAAGGCCAUUAUGGAAGCAUAUUCACCCAGCUGUAGUAAGGUGACUGGCCUUUAGCAAGCAAAGAAGCAAGCUUACAAAAUAUAGCUAGCAGCCCUGAAAUGUAUAUGUGUUUAGCUUAGCAACAUUUAGAAUCCUGUCUGUCAUUCUUGUCACUUCUCGGAAGAUUUCAUGAAGCUAAGAAAGGCGCAGAAAUGGACUUCUGGAACUACAAAGAGCCUGGAGUCCAUUCACGGUUGGAGCAUGUUCACUCUGAGGAGAUGCUGACCCGUUUGUGUUUUUUGGGGGGUGGGGGGAUCUAGAGGUUCCCAACCACUGUUGGAGAAACACCGUAACUCAGUGGCACCUGUUGAAAAUGGUUGGCAAGCUUUGAAUACAGACAAAAGAAGGACUAAUAUUUUCACAUUCUGUAUAACAGUGGUUCUCAAACUUUAUUGGUUCACGGCGCACUGUAAGAUAUAUAAAAAUUUGCUGGCGCACUUCGUGUACAACAUUAGAAAUAUAUCAAUAUAUUUUAAACUAUGAAUAAAAAUAAACUAUAGAAAACUAUUACCCUAUACAAAUGGAUUUCUUCUCAUUUUUAAAAUAUACUUUCAUAAUAUUUGAGGCACACUUAGCCACCUCUUAGGGUGCACCAGUGUGCCUGGGCGCACCGUUUGAGAAUCACUGCUGUAUAAGUACAUGCUGGGGGAAGAGAACUGGGACAGAGCUGGACAUUAGUGCGCCACUUCUGAACCCCUGUGGGCAUCCAUCGGGUGCUCUUGGAGAUAGGAUGGGAGCCCUCCCAUGGACUUCAGGUGGGAUUUUGCAGAGCAGUUCUUAGUUAAGACAGCCAAGAUUUA